CUUUGUUGAGAAUUCGCCUGUCUAGAUGUAUUAUAAUUGGUACAAAGGACAUUAACUGUGUGAAGGUUGAAUGGUCUUCGUACUAGACGCCUGACUUAAUGGUUGACUGAAAUAACUAAAUGACCUUCACAUUGCUUUAGCGUUCUCUACAUAAAUUAGGCCGAAGCUUGUGCUGUCUUGUUUGGACCUUGUCAUAUAUUGUGUGUGUGUGUUUACAUAACUUACAGUAUUUGUUCGCCGUACGAAUUCAUGCUUGAUGCAGGCGUUGGCCCGUGAUGACGUCAUUGUUUACAUCUUACCGUGAGCCGGUUACUCGAACUUGUCUGACUCUUCUUUGAAAAAAAAAAAAAGUAGGCCAUCAGAUCUAUUUAAAGAUUUGUCUCAGAGAGUAAAGGCUGUGUGCGAGACACUGAUGUGACGUUCCGUAUUGCGUCAUCGCCAUCUGCGUACUACCUAUCUCGCAUUCAUCAGCCUGCUCGGUUGAUUACACCGUGAUCCGUGAUAGCGCGUUUCUCUGCGCUGGGUUUUUUUUAUAUCAGCCUGUCGUCUGCUGUCAGUGUAACUGUUCUUCUAAACGGAUAUAGUCGUUGCGCACAAUUUCAAUUGCUAGAAGCUCGUGUUCAGCUGAAAGGAGCACAAUUUAAAAUACAGGAGUCACAGCAAUGAGACCACAACCGACUCUGAAGUGAAUGUUCUUGUGGAUGACUUCAUAACUUAUUUUAACUUGAGCCAAGAACAAGCCUGGCAUCAACAAAUCUUCCAGGAAACAGUUUUUUUGCUUGGAUUUAAUUAAAUAUCUUCUCGUCGUUUCUAUCAAACAGCUUGAACUUUGGAUAUUGGAUCAUUCUGUUUCUUUCUGUGAUUGAUUCUGUGUGGAUAUUUAAUAUACAAGUUAAUUUCAAAGAGCUUGGAUUACUUUAUUUCCUGUGUAUAAAGCAAGAUGUGAGACAGUAUUGAGUUUGAUUUGUAAACAUUUGACUGAGCUAGUUCGUCAGCCUUGAAAGACAAUCCCCAGAACAUAGUAUAUGGACACGCCUUGUCCUAAGUGACCUCUCAAGACUUGGACAGCACUGGCUGACACUCUUGGACAUAUUGAAAGCAGUAUUUGAUUCCCCUGAGAAUUCACUGCCAGACGUCUGGUUUAGGGGGAACAAAUCAAGGGAGACCAGCGUUGGCCAAGACCAACUCAUUGUAGAUUCUCCGUAUCUGCUAGUAGUUUUUGUGAAGCCUUCCAGUUAAAGAUUGACGGGGACGGGUCUGCAGAAGACGAUGUCCAGAAAGGUCAAGGGGUUACAGCUAUGAUACCCUUCAUGUCCAAAAAGAAGAAAUUCAAGUUCCAGGUACAGCUUGGACUAGAAGAGCUCGCGUCUGUUCCAUUUGUUACUGGUGUCCUGUUUGCUAAAGUCAGGCUUCAAGAGGGCGGCAGCUUCACAGAUGUAUCUUCAAGGGAAGAAGUACACAACAAUUGUGUCCAAUGGAAAAGUAAAUUUGAAUUUCCCUGCAAGAUGACAGCAAGCUUAACAAAUGGUGUCCUUGACCCUUGUAUAGUUAGAAUCUCAGUUAGAAAGGAGCUCAAAGGAGGCAGGUCCCAUCAAAAACUGGGCUACGUCGACCUCAACCUUGCCCACUUUGCUGGAGGAGGCAAGCUAUCAAAGCGCUACCUACUAGAAGGCUAUGACACCAAGCACAGGCAAGACAACUCCAACAUUAAGAUCAGCGUAGAGUUGUCUCUCAUCUCUGGGGACCCGGUUUUCAAAGUGCCUUCCAACCAUUCAGUGUCUCAGAGUUCAUCCGUGACAGGUCACACUGACCCCAUUGACCUGAGACCGUGUGACAAUCACAGCGAGGAUAGCCUGGCGUCUAGUAGUAGUGGAUUUAGUAGUUUGACCCGCAGGGGGAAAAUGGGAUCUCAGAUGUCAGAUGGAGUUGAUCUAGAAGUAAACCCAGUUGAUGGUCUGGGUCACUCCCGCAGUGCUAGCUACGCUUCCCAGCAUUCCAGAGGCUCAGGGUAUGGUUCAUUCAGUCACAGCCGUCAGUCCAGCACUGGCAGUGAAUUUUCUCUUGGUCACACUAGAACUCCUAGCAGUGUUGGAUCAACAUUGGAGAGGAGACGUGUCUAUUGUCCAGCAGUUCCGCCUCAUACUGUCCCAGUGGAGGAUCUAAAAAUUGAAGAAUCGGGUAAAGAGGUUGUGGUCGGGGCCACGAGAGUGGAUGCUGAAGCUUUAGUACAGGAGUUGAUAGAAAGUACAGACUUGAACCCUACCAGCGUAGAAGAAGCAUCAGGGCUGCAGCUUUUAGUUCAAAAAGAUGGCACAAUGGCACUUAGGUAGUGGUCACAUGAGUGCACUGACCUAAAGACAUUUUGUAUUACACAAGCAGAGGUUUAUUUAUAGUUCUUGGCGUUGGGAAGGUCAGCUGGACACAAGGUCAUGUUUGGACAAGUUGUCAAUCAAUGUCCAGUAGACAAAGUGUGCAUAUAGAGAGUAAUGUGUGGAAGAAGAUUGGUCUCUGUAAAUGUGUCUUAGCCCCCACACUGACCAUGUCAUCUGUUGAAUAGCAUGAUUCUGUGUGACAUCUAUUGUGUGUGUGUGUGAAACAAGUAGAAUUGUCCUAAACAUCGCCAUGAGGUUGAAUGUCAGUCUGGUCACCCCUAAAUUUGUUACUUUGAGGAAACAUUGAAUUAAAACAUAAAGUAGAAUAAGAUACCAAGCAGAAAACUAAUUAAAAAUAAUUUUUUUUUUGGCUAAUGUUUAUCUUUAAAACAACCUGCUUUGAACAUUAAAAACAAGCAUGUUCUCAUUUAUUUGUCAAAGUAUUGGCCAACAGAUCAGAAGAAAGCAUAUAUGCAUCAUAACACUACUACUAGGAUCUGUACUUGUUACUAGCUGCACUUACCUAUAUACUAAAGAAAUCAGACAUAAAGAUCCAGUUGUUUUAAAUAUUUUAUACAUGAACUCAUGCAAAUGUUAUUUGUCAAAAUAUACUUUUACUUAAAUAGAAAUUACAAUUUUUAACCUAAAUCUUUUUCAUUAAUUAUUAAAGAAUCAGCAAAAGUAUUCAUUUUAGCUUGACUUGUUUAAAAACUUUAAGCCAAAAAAAGUACAUGAAACAAAGUAUUUGUAUAAGUAGAGAGCAGGGCUAUGGAGAUAUUCAAAACUAUCUCAUGUGAAAGUAAGCAUUUUUUAAAAAGCUUUUUUAUUUAGUUCAUUGUUCACAUUUCCAGUAGAGUCUGUUCAAAGAUCAGUUUUCAGUACUACUUUCUCAGUAUUAUUUUAGAUGAGUUCUAUAAGAAUUAAAGUAUUCAAUUUGACUUCAAUAAUGUUUCUGAGAGCUUUGGUUUAAAAUCUUGACAUCUAUCAAUACAUUUAAAAGUUUUUGUGUUUUUAUUCAAGCUUGAUAACCCCCCCCCCUCCCCUAUUCAUAGUAAUGAUAAAAAGAAUUAAAUCAAACAUGAGCUUAUUUCAAGUGUACAUACAAUUAGAAUGCACAUAUGACAGAAAUUGUGAAGAACUAGAUUCAAAGCAUGUUCAUUAAAAAAAAAAUAGAUUUACGAGUUAAGCCUAUUUAGUUUCCCAUGUCUAUAAAAUAAAUUAACUCCUUCCCUUUGAGUGUAUGUCAUGGUUAAAACAAUGUCUAGUAAUUACCAACCAAGUGUUUCUUCUGAACAUCAAAUGGAUUUAUCAAAAAAAACAACAA